UUUGGUUUGAAGGAACUAAGAAAGUCCUUACGUGUGGGUGUUCUCUUGGAAGCGGGAUAUUCAAAUUGGUUUCCUUGAAACAGAUCCUUGGAAACGCGCGCAAAUCCGUUCCCAGCCGCUAGUCGGCGACGAGCGCAGUUCACAGUUAGUGCAGUUAGUUCAAAUCGAUUCUUUUACAAGGAUGGAGGUGGCUCACAUAGAAAAAUUGCUCCUCGUAAUCCUGCUUUUCGCACAAAAUGCGAUUUCCAACGAGAUGAAGAAAUUUUCAAUGCUGAUGCCGAAUGUUCAUCCUAACAGGGAUGAACUGUAUUUGUGUACGCCAGUGAAAGUGUUGCCAGAUAAAAGCUUCUACAUAGUUGGUUUCGAACCGAAUGCAACUAUGAAUACCGUUCAUCAUAUGAUUCUCUUUGGAUGCACAACGCCCGGCGCUAAAAGGGAAUUUUGGGAUUGUGGCGAAAUGGCAACAGGUGUCAACAGCCACCUGCCUCGGGCACAGCCCUGUGCGGAGGGAUCGCAUGUGUUGUACGCAUGGGCCAGAGAUGCCGACUCCCUCGAGCUGCCCGAUGACGUGGGAUUCCAAAUAGGCAUUGGUACACAGGUUCAAUACUUGGUGCUACAGGUGCACUACGCCCACAAGUUCCCCGAUACCUUCGUCGAUAGAUCGGGGAUUAACCUGAUUUACACUCAGAAACCACGCUCCAAAUUGGCGGGGGUUGUUCUGUUAGCGACAGGAGGUACUAUCCCUCCCCAUGGUAUCACCCAUAUGGAAUCAAACUGUGUCAUCAAUGAGCAUAAAACCAUCUAUCCAUUUGCGUACAGAACCCAUACUCAUAGCUUGGGCAAGGUCGUGAGCGGCUAUCAAGUGAAGAGAGACAAAUUUGGUUACGACGAAUGGGUGUUGUUGGGUAAGAGGGACCCUAUGACUCCCCAGAUGUUCUACCCGACCUUCAGCAAAGCCCCCAUCAAGUAUGGUGAUGUGUUGGCUGGAAGAUGCACCAUGGAAAGUCACCGAGACCGCGAUACAUUCGUUGGGCCAACCAACAACGAUGAGAUGUGCAACUUCUAUUUGAUGUAUUACGUUGAUGGCGACACUCCCUUGAACAUGAAGUACUGCACAACGGCCGGCCCUCCCUUCCACUACUGGGCUAACACCAAGUACCAUUUCAAGAAUAUCCCCGAUAUCGACGCCUCUAACUUGAACACAAUUGACUAAACGCUCUUCCCUAGACCUACGACUCGAAUAACGUUUUCCGGUUAAUUCUAUUUAUUUCUGUGGUUCUUUGACCUCUCGGCACAGUAGCGUGGUAUAUACUAUAGUCGCACCCGUUAUAAUUUAGCAUAAAGUUAACAAUCUCCUCCGGUGCUCUUUUUUUUUUAAAAACAUUCCGUUAUAUUAGUAUUAAAACAUAUUGAGACUGAUUUCAUUAAGACCACAGUUCCUUAAUUUCUGUUUCCGAGAACAUCAGUAAAAGAUUAUUUUGUGAUACGUAAACACUAUGAUAACUACCCUAUACCUGCAAUACUAAUCUUAAAAAUGAAAAGAAAAAAUAUAUUUAUCAAACAAACGUAAAUGUAACUUUGCACAAAUGAAGAUGAAUAAGAGACAUACGCAUAUCUACAAUAUUAUCCACUCAACAAAAGACUACAAAAGAGUACAUUUCUAUUAUAUUUUG